UCGGACAGAAACGACACGGUUAGAACAAUGAAUCGGCAAGUACUGUUGUUUAUCCUUCCCCUUUGCCUUGGUUCAGUGUUUGGGCAGGUCACCUACUCAAUUCCAGAGGAAAUGGCAAGAGGAUCGUUAGUUGGCAAUAUAGCGCAAGACUUAGGUUUGGAAAUUAAACGCUUAAUAUCAGGUAAAGCUAAAAUCUAUAGCAGGAACAGCGACGAGUACGUGGAGCUGAACAGAGAAAGAGGACUCCUCCUCGUCAAAGGGAGGAUCGACAGAGAAGCACUCUGCACAGAAACAGCGCUUUGUGCCUUACAUUUUCAGAUCAUAUUAGAAAAUCCUAUGGAAUUCUAUACUGUUACUGUCGAGAUUACAGAUAUUAAUGAUAAUGCACCAGCAUUUGAGAAAAGUGAAAUGAAAUUCAAAAUUAGCGAGUCAGCUGUCGCCGGAGCUAAAUUUGUGCUGGAAAGAGCUGUCGAUCUGGAUGUUGGAAUUAAUGAUCUUCAAAAAUAUGAAUUAAUACCAACAGAUAAUUUUGUUUUAAAGCUACAUAAUAACGCUGAUGGCAAUAAAAAUGUUGAGAUGGUGUUACAGAAGCCUUUAGACAGAGAGAAACAGGAACGGAUAUCUCUUGUGUUAACGGCUGUAGAUGGAGGAGAGCCGCAGAUGUCAGGAACAAUGCAGAUUAUUAUUACAGUUUUAGACGCAAAUGAUAAUGCUCCUGUUUUUACUCAGCCCACAUACAAGGCUACAAUUAUAGAAAAUUCACCAAAAGGCACAGUUGUUGCCACGGUUAAAGCUUCAGAUCCAGAUCAAGGUUCCAACGGUAAAAUAACAUAUUCGAUCACCAAUACAUUAGAUAACGUCAAAAAAAUAUUUACGAUCAAUGGAGAUAGUGGAGAUGUGUCAUUAAUUGGCGACAUUGACUUCGAAAAAUCAAGGCAUUUUCAAAUAAAUGUGCUUGCUAGUGAUGAUGGUGGACUUACAGACUCUUCUAAGCUAAUUGUCGACGUGCAAGACAUCAAUGACAACAAACCUGAAAUUAACAUAAUGUCGAAGUCAAAUGUAAUAUCAGAGGACGCUGAACGCAACACUGUGAUAACAAUGAUUAAUACCGAGGACUUAGAUUCAGGAGAAAACGGAAACGUGAAGUGCCAGAUCAGCGAAAAUGUACCAUUUAAUUUGAAGUCGUCAUCAAAUAGUUUCUAUAGUUUAGUAACAGACAGUGAUUUAGACAGAGAGAGAGCUUCUGAAUACAAUAUAACUGUGACCUGCUCUGAUGAAGGAGUACCCUCCCUCUCCAGCAGCGUCACUCUCACCUUACAGAUCUCUGAUGUCAAUGAUAACCCUCCUGUCUUUGAGAGGGGCUCAUAUGAGGCCUACAUAGUCGAAAACAACACACCUGGUCUCUCUAUAUUCACUGUCAAAGCUACAGACUCUGACUGGAACCAGAAUGCCCGUGUUUCUUACAUACUGGAGGACUCCUCUGUUAACGGAGUGCCAGUCUCCUCAUAUGUGUCCGUUAGUGCUGAUAGUGGAGUCAUCCAUGCAGUGCGUUCCUUUGACUACGAGCAGAUUAAGGAUUUCCACUUCCGGGUCAAAGCUCAGGAUGGAGGCUCCCCUCCACUCAGUAGUAAUGUGACUGUGAAAAUAAUGAUCCAGGACCAGAACGAUAACGCCCCUCAGGUUCUGUACCCAGUCCAGACUGGUAGCUCUCUGGUGGCUGAAAUGGUGCCUCGUUCAGCAGAUGUGGGCUAUCUGGUCACUAAAGUGGUGGCUGUUGAUGUGGACUCUGGACAGAACGCCUGGCUCUCCUAUAAACUGCAGAAAGCCACAGACAGGGCGCUGUUUGAGGUGGGCUUACAGAAUGGAGAAGUCAGAACUAUCCGCCAAGUCACUGAUAAAGAUGCAGUCAAACAAAGACUGACUGUUAUAGUGGAGGACAACGGACAGCCCUCUCGUUCAGCUACAGUCAUUGUAAACGUGGCGGUGGCGGACAGUUUUCCUGAAGUGCUGUCUGAGUUCACUGACUUUACACACGACAAAGAGUACAAUGAGAACCUGACUUUUUACUUAGUGUUGGCUUUGGCUGUAGUUUCCUUCCUCUUCAUCACGUGUGUGGUGGUCAUUAUAUCAGUGAAAAUCUACAGAUGGAGACAGUCUCGCAUCCUGUAUCACUCCAAUCUGCCAGUGAUUCCAUAUUAUCCACCACGUUACUCAGACACUUUGGGGACAGGGACUCUCCCACACGUGUACAACUACGAGGUGUGCAGGACCACUGACUCCAGAAAGAGUGACUGUAAGUUUGGCAGAGCUGGUAGUCAGAACGUGCUGAUAAUGGACCCCAGUUCAACAGGGACGAUGCAGAGGAUACAGAGUGAAAAGAGCAUCCUGGAUGAACCAGACUCUCCACUAGAGGUUUGCCACAAAUUAUAUUUUUCACAUUUAUAGCUUCAA